UUGACCGAUUGAGCCAGCCAAAGGCAGCGGCGACGACCGGCAAGUCGACCCCCGGCGCGGCGACCCGUACCCCAGCCUCGUCACCGGCGAAAGAGAUGGACACCGACAAGCUUCGCUUCAUCGAGGAGGUGACCACCAACGCGGACGCCAUGCAGGAGCGCGUCCUGGGGGAGAUCCUCGCCCGCAACGCCGAGACAGAGUACCUCGCCAGCAAGUGCGGCCUCGCCGGCGCCACCGACCGCGCCACCUUCCGGGCCAAGGUUCCCAUGGUGGAGUACGAGGACCUCCUGCCGUACAUCCGCCGCAUCGCCAACGGCGACCGCUCGCCCAUCCUCACGGGGCCGGGGCACCCCGUCACCGAGUUCUUCACCAGCUCCGGCACGUCGGGCGGCGAGCGCAAGCUGAUACCUACCGUCGAGGAUGAGCGCCACCGCAGCCUGCUGCUGGGCAGCCUCGCUAUGCCUGUCAUCAACCAGUACGUGCCUGGGCUCGACAAGGGGAGGGGUCUCUACUUCCACUUCGUGAACUUGGAGACGAAGACGCCGGGAGGCCUGCUCGCGCAGCCCGUCCUGACGAGCUUGUUCAAGAGCGACCACUUCAAGAAGCUCCCUUUAUCCGGCGCCCUCACGAGCCCCGUGGCGGCCAUCCUCUGCCCGAACGCGUUCCAGAGCAUGUACGCGCAGAUGCUGUGCGGCCUGUGCCAUCGCCACGAUGUGGUGCGCGUCGGCGCCACGUUUGCAUCCGGCGUCGUCCGGGCCAUCACCUUCUUUCUCGACAACUGGGAAAAGCUCGCCGCCGACAUCGACGCCGGCACACUCGCCGACCGCAUCACUGACCCGUCGGUGCGCGAGGCAGUCGCCGGCGUCCUCCGACCGGACCCCGAGCUUGCCCGGUUCAUCCGCGCCGAGGGCUACGAGGGCGGUGGGGCGGGCAUUAUCGCACGCAUCUGGCCCAACACCAAGUACCUCGACACAAUCGUCACCGGCUCCAUGGCGCAGUACGUCCCGACCCUGAAUCACUACAGCGGUGGCUUGCCGAUCUUCUCCACCUUGUACGCGUCCUCGGAGUGCGCCUUCGGCGUCAACCUCUCCCCGAUGUGCGACCCGUCGGAGGUGUCCUACACCAUCAUGCCCUUCAUGGCAUACUUCGAGUUCCUCCCCGUCGACGGCGAGGCGCGUGGCGACGCGAGCCAGCUCGUGGAGCUCGCCCACGUGGAGGCCGGGCGCGAGUACGAGCUGGUGAUCACCACCUACACGGGGCUGAACCGGUACCGCGUCGGCGACGUGCUCCGCGUGACGGGGUUCCACAACGCGGCGCCGCGGUUCCGGUUCGUGCGCCGCAAGGGCGUGUUGCUGUCCGUGGACGCCGACAAGACCGACCAGGCCGACCUGCAGCGCGCGGUGGAGCGCGCGGCCGCGCUGCUCCGCCGGCAUGGCGGCGCGAUCGUGGUGGACUACACCAGCCGGGCCUGCACCAAGAGCUUCCCGGGACACUACGUCAUCUACUGGGAGCUGCUAAAGGCCAAGGGAGCCCAGAGCGGCGGCGGCGCUGCUGUGGACGGCGACGUGCUGGAUCGGUGCUGCCUGGAGAUGGAGGAGGCGCUGAACUGGGUGUACCGGGAGGGCCGGGUCGCGCUUUGCUCGAUCGGGCCGCUGGAGAUCCGGGUCGUCCGGUCGGGCACCUUCCAGGAGCUCGCGGACUUGGCCGUCUCCCGUGGCGCGUCCGCCGGGCAGUACAAGGUCCCCCGGUGCGUGACAGCGCCGCGAAUCGUGGAGCUGCUCGACUCGCGCGUCGUCUCCAGCCACUUGAGCCCGGCAUUGCCGGACUGGGCACCAGAAAUGCUAAGCUUCUCUCCAAAGGAGAAGGAAGUUGGCAAAGCCCAAGCGCGUGCAGCUACGCUUCCGUUCAUGUGA